AUGGUAAAAUCCUUUUGCUUGUGCACAUAUCAUAUUGAACUUCUUGAUCCGGAAUUGAGCCGAAUUAAAUACAUCAACAACCGAACGAACAAGUUAUAUUUAGCAAUGAAAAAGUUAUCAAGUCUAUUUACAUUUGUCGUUUUAUUGAUGAUCCUCAUAUUUAGAAUUGCGCAUACAGGUGCAACUGCAUCAACUGAUGAUAAAUCAUCAAUAGUUGAAAGUAGCGCAAGUGAUGAAAAUGACGCUUCAUUACGAAAUAAAAAGGAAACAGGUAUAUCAACAGCGCAACAAAUGAUUCCAUCACCACUUCGUCGUCAUCAUCUGAAAUUUGGUGUUCUUGGAAAACGCUAUUCUUAUGGUUAUUUGGGUAAACGAGAUGAUGAAUCCAAUGUUGAUGAUGACUUUCAAGAAUGGUUAAAUAAUAGAGGUCGACGACGUGUCGGCCGACCACAAUACGGAUUAUUAGGUUAA